AGUGCCUUUGGCUCCAUUAAUGCCAGGACUAGUAGUGAAAUAGCAAAGGAGCUGGAGGAACAGUUUUACACCCUGGUUCCUUUCGGUAGGAAUGAGCUCCUGUCUCCUCUGAAAGACACCGAUGAGGUAAAGUCGCUGUGGGUCAACAUUGACUUGGCUCUUUUGUCCAGGAUUCCAGAGCAUUUGCCUGAAGAGCCACUGGCCAUGAGCGCCGGAGCAAACCCAAACCAGGCGGCCAGCCUCCCGCAGGGUAGUAGUGCUGACCCCCCCGCAGAGAAGGGCUUACCGAAAUCUAGAAGGAAACGCAAGUGUGAGAAUGAGGAAGAGUGCAGAGACAUCAAGAAGACUCACUCAGAGCGAGAGAGUUCUUCACGAUUAGCUGCCUCUGCCCUCAGCACCACAACAGCAAAUCACUGCAAUAUGAAUGAAAAUAGCUUGGCAAUACCAAUAAAUAAAAAUGAGAAAAUGCUUCGGUCACCCGUCUCUCCCCUCUCUGAUGCAUCAAAACACAAAUACUCCAACGAUGAUUUAACUUCCUCCAGCAGACCUAAUGGCAGCAGUCUAUUACCUUCCAUCUCCUCCAGCAAAAAACAUAAGGGUGAAAUCCAGUCGCAGCCACAUCCCGGAGACUUCAAUAAAGCAAUUCACGUCAAUUCAGAAAAUGUUCUUCUCUGCAAUAAGCCCCAGUCCCAAACAGAGCUUUGGUCACCUCUGUCCAGCACACCCAGGGACUGCAGAAGGACAAAGCUUAUCUUUGAUGACAUGCCACGCAAUGCAGAUUACUUUAUGCAGGAAGCUAAACGGAAGAAGCAUAAAGCAGAUGCAAUGGUGGAAAAGUUUGGAAAGGCACUGAAUUAUGCAGAAGCAGCACUAUCAUUUAUUGAGUGUGGAAAUGCAAUGGAACAAGGCCCAAUGGAAUCUAAAUCUCCUUAUACAAUGUAUUCAGAAACAGUUGAACUCAUCAGGUAUGCAGUGAGACUAAAAACCCACUCAGGCCCCAACGCCACACCAGAAGACAAGCAGCUGGCAGCGUUAUGUUACCGCUGCCUGGCCCUUCUGUACUGGAGGAUGUUUCGACUCAAGAGAGACCAUGCAGUCAAGUAUUCAAAAGCGCUUAUUGAGUAUUUCAAG